AUGGCAGGGCGCGGCGUGGGCUGCGCGAGAUCGGCCACGCUGCCGGGCCUCCCCGCCGGAGAGGCCUGGGCGCGCCGGGCUCCCGCGCUCCUCGACCCAACUCGCCCGGGGCAUCAGCGAGAGCGCGAGGGAGAGAAAGAAAGGCGCUUCCCUCGGCCGCGCUGUGCGGCCCGGGCGGGGGAGGUGAGGGAGGCGCGCAGGCCGGGCUGCCGGCGACGGCGGGCGGCUGGCGAGGAGGAAGUGGUGCCCGCGGGAGCGCGGCCGGGCAGAGGAAAUGCCCAGCCCGCCCGGCCCCCGCCUGCCGCCCAGCCCGCCCAGGCCCCCCGCCCUGGCGCGAGUUUGGCGGGCAGAGCCCCGUGCGGCAGUGGGGGCAACCGCGGCGGCAGCAGAUGUGGCCCGGCUGCCCGGAGAAGCCAACAAUGCCGGGCUGGCAAAACAAAAGGGUUCCACUUCGCCUCUUUCCCCGUCUUUCACUUGCGCUCUCGGGGCACCGCGCGGGAUCCCCGGCUGGCAGGGGCCGCGCCCCCAGGGGCCCGAGCCGUGCGCGCCCCGACUUCCAAGUGGACCCCCGCCUCUCCGCCUCCCCCGCCCCCGCCCCGCAGGCGCAAGGCCCGCCGCACCCCGGCGUGCUCGGACUCCCGGUCCCUAGGGAUCCAGCCGUAUUGUCCCCGCGGCGCGCCGCACACUCGGCCUGGGUAG